UUCAGUGCGCAAGCCUUCAAUCGUUAUUCGUUUUGAGAAGGAAAGAGCAGCAAAAGUGUCAAAAAGUCAUAAACAACCAAGUUUUCGCCAAUUGGAGUUAACUUAAAGUGUACAACGCAAACCAUUAUCAAAAAUAAUCUAACUGAUGCACUGAAGUGGAGUCAAUCUGCAAACACGGAAGUUACUUUCGCGGACACGAUGUCGAACCUAUCAGCCAUUGUUGUGUCAUGUUUGCCAGUGGAUAGAAAAAAUUAAGCAUUUUCAAUUCCCGAUCUCGGUGAUGGGUGGACGCACUGAGAUUAUUCUGGAAGGAUAGCCACGGGACGCAACUGCAGUUAAAUUUCUGGUGUUGUGUAGUUUGAUACAAUCUGAAUAUUUUGUUAAAGGGCAAAGGCCUACUGUGUUGUAAUUAUUUUGAUAGAAGCAUUCUUAUACUGUGACUUGACUUAAAUAAACCUCUUUAAAUAUAUCAAAAAAAGCUUUUUCAACUAUUUGGCCAUGUCUGUGCACUAUAGGUUCAAGUCGGCUUUAGAAUAUGAUACUAUUACAUUUGAUGGCUUGCAUAUUUCCGUAAAGGAUUUAAAAAACUCAAUAAUUCAGCAGAAGCGGAUUGGAAAGAGCACUGAUUUUGAUUUACGGAUUACAAAUGCCCAAACGCAAGAAGUCUAUGAAGAUGAGCAUGCACUGAUUCCUAAAAACACUUCAUUAUUAAUAGCUCGCAUCCCUGUGGCGGUGCCGAAACAAAAACAGUGGGAAGGUUAUGGUGGAAAUGAUACUCCCCCGGCAAAAAUAGAUGAAGGGGGUGCAAUAGGAAAAGCAGUAGAUUUGGCUAAACUUGACGCACCAGAAGAUGAUAAAAUUAAAGCUAUGAUGUCCCAAAGUACACAGGACUAUGAUCCAAGCAAUUAUGUUAAAAUUCGAGGUGCCAAUCAAGUUGGUCCAGUACCACCUUCUUACAGAUGCUACAAAUGUCAUCAAACUGGCCAUUGGAUAAAAGAUUGUCCCUUAGGACAAGGAGGGGAUUCAUUAGAAAUAAAAAAGAGUACAGGCAUACCACAGAGCUUUAUGGUACCUGUGGAGGGUCCCCAAGUUCCUGGUGCAAUGAUGACGCCUAACGGCCAGUAUGCGGUGCCUGCUUUAGACUAUCAGGCCUAUAGUCAAAAGAACCCUCCACCAGCUGUGGUUCAGGAGGCCAAGCCUGAAAUUCCUGAAGAUUUAUUAUGUUCCAUAUGUGCAGAUUUAUUGACAGAUGCUGUAAUGAUUCCAUGUUGUGGUAAUUCAUUUUGUGAUGAAUGCAUUAGAACUGUGUUGCUGGAAAGCGAAGACCAUGAAUGCCCGGAUUGUCAUGAAAAGGAAAUCUCGCCGGGAACUUUAAUUCCUAAUAGGUUUCUAAGAAAGUCAGUUGCCAAUUUUAAAAAUACCACCGGCUAUGAGAAAAAACCGAUGUACAAGGAAAAAUCUCUCACAGAAGUGCCUAAAACGGAACCAUCUAAGAGAGAGUACACACCGCCACCUGUCACUGCGGAUUCAACUGAAAGAGAAAAAGGCAAGUCUGAAGAGGAGAAAACAGUUAUUUCUGAAGCCGAUUCAACAGAACAAGCUAAGAGUGAAGACUUGGGCAAGGAAGGCGAUUUGGAUCCAAGCAAAUUGAAAAUUUCAAAUUCUCCGGACAGGCCGCCGGGUGUAUCACCACCCAUCUCUGGAUCUCCCAAACACCAAAUUAAAAGCAAAGUAAAUUCGCGGGAAAGGGAUCAUCGGAAACAUAGGAGUCGAAGAUCCGAAUCGCCACCCAUUAAAAGUAGACAUAGGAGGUCUCCAAGUUACCACGGGAGUUACAUUGUGUGUUACCACCAUCGAAUGACUACUGAAACCAAGUCUCCGCCAGAAAGACACGGCACUCCCACUCGUGAUGAACCGCCCGGUAUUGGAGGCCACUAUCAUCCGACAAAUCCUUCACAAUAUGGUAGUGGUGCUGGCGGGCCAUCUUCAGCGGGAGCCAGCUCAAUAUCCGGACAGGGUUCCGCUUCCGCAUUACCUCCUGGAAAUUUUCCUCCGGGCCAGCAACCGCAUCUGAGUGGAUUCCCGCCACAGGGCCCGCCCCCAAACUUCGGACUGCCGCCUCCGGGUGCGCCGCCUUUCAUGGGACCUGGUAGCUAUUCGGUUGCGCCUCGGCCAGUUUUUGACCCGUCGCGGCCUCCGCUGGGCGCGCCCCCCGGCAGCUAUCCUCCCGGAUAUGGCGGCGGUAGAUCUCACAGGGAUUACAACAGAGGCCGCAACAGAACCCCUCCCAUGUUGAUCGAGGAUCCCCUUACGGCGUUCAAUCGCAUACUGCGCGAGAAAGACGAACGUCGUGCCAAGCAGCGUUACAUACGCAGGAGUUGGAGCAGGAGCCGCAGCAGGAGUUACAGCAGGUCGCCGCCGCCGCGGCGGCGCAGUCGCAGCCCGAGACGGCGGAGCAGGUCGCGGUCCUUCUCCAUUAGCAGGUCGCGUUCUCGAUCAUUUUCAAAGAGCCCAAGGGGAUCGCCGUACAGGCCGGGUUCGCCCGCCUCGAGGCGUUCCCCGUUACCCCCUCCGGCGAGCAGAAAGGGCACAUCCCGGUAUCGUUCGCCGAUCCGAUCACCUCCACCAAGACGGGGACGUAAUUUGGAGAGGGAACGUGACCGAGACUACGACAAUCGCGACUAUCGUGACGAGAGAGGUAGCUACCGAGACAAGGGACGUAGGGAGCGUCGCGACAGUCGGGAACGCCUCUUUGACGAGCGCGAAUUCGACCGCGACAGGAAAGGCAGAUCGGGCCCCGCACCGCUUCAAGCUCAGCUGUGGAACCCACCAAGCGCCAGGGAUGCGUACUACCCUCCGCCGGGCAUUCAACCGCCCCCCGCGAUGUUGCCUCAGCAACCUGGGUUUCCGAACAGAUAUCCCACGCGGGAUUACCAUCCUCCGCCUCACAUGGCGCCUCCGAUUCAAAAUCUGCCGCCCCAACGCAGAUUCGACGACAUCGCGCCGCCCGGAGUGGAAGAGCCUCCGAUUCCGGGCCUGGAAUCGGAACUGCCGGAAGUGAACGAGUACAGCAGAAAACCGGUCGAGGUUAAGGAAAAGUACGGCAGUCCAAAAGCGGAAGACAGGGAGCGGUCGAAAAGGGAAAGAAGGUCGAGGUCGAGGUCGCCCGAAAGGUGGCGCAAUCCGAGUCCCAAGCCGAGGGGCGAAACGCCGGAGAAGCCGAGGAAGCGUCGCAGCUCGUCGGACAGGGACGAUAGGAAAAAGGACAGGGACCAUUCGGACGACGAGAGGAAGAAAAACAAGGAGAAACGAAAACACCGCGAGAAAAAAGAAGAUAAGAAAAAGAAACGGGACAAGAAAGACAAACACAGGAGGAGCGAAAAGGAGAAGAAAGAGAAGGGGAAGGAGGAAUUCAAACAGGUCAUACCGAAAACCGUGGACGAAAGCGAGGACGACGGUAACGGGAUAAAGAAACGUUUGGGAGAGCGCAGAAGCAAAGCGGAAACGGUCGACGACUCGAAAGAGAAGGAAUCGUCGAGGUCGCAUCGGAAGAAGGAACGCGAAGAGGAGGAACGGAUCCGCGAGGAAAAACGUCUGGCGGAAGAGCGCAAAAAGGAAGAAAGGAGGCUGAGGUUCCUCGAGGACGAGAAGAAGCGCAAAAACGAGGAAGCGAAGAAAAAAGCGGCCGAGGAGGCGAGGAGAAAAGCGCUCGUGGAGGAAGAGGAGUUCGAGGCGAAGCCUAAAGGAACCGAUUUGUACGACGACGUGUUGAGCGAAAAAGAAAAGGCGGUCGUGGACGAGGUGGCGGAAAGUUUCGCCAAACCGGAACCACAGAAGGAGGUCGAGGAAGGCGAGGUGCUGACCGAAGAGAACCGCACCGCCCCUAAAGAAAUCGAAGACGAAGAUGCGGGGAUCUUGGAACUGCACUCGAGCGAUAUGGACAUCAAAAUCGAGAGCGACAUAUUGGCGCCGUUGCCGGAAAAGUCGAAAUGGGAGGUGGACGAGGACGGGCAAGUGGCCCAAACGAGCCCGACGGAAAACGGCAAAGAUAAAAGCGACCCGAAAACGGCCAAAGUGACGAACGAGGUGCUCAAGCGAGCCGAGAACGCGAUCUUCGCGAAAGCAAUCAACGCCAUCAGACCGAUUGAAAUCAAAAGGAUCAGCAGCGAUCGAGCCAAGCUCUAUUCGGACGAGAAGCCGGAACCGGCGGAAGAAACGAAGAAACCAAUCGAUUUGACACACGAGAAGCCCAAAUUGUCGAUCAAGGAUCGGCUAGGAGUGAAAGUCGACGACAACGACAGGGUUAUUCUGGUCGACGGUCAGCACAGAGGGAGAACCGUGUCGCCUUUCAGCCGCCGGGAGAGGCGAAUCGAACUGGAUGAAUCGAGGAGGCAUGACAAGAGCACCAGAUCGAGAUCACGGAAACGCGAAAUGAGCCAAGACAGGCAGAAAGAGAUGAAGGCGAAGGAUCCAAAGAAGAUCGACAGAAACAAGCGGGAAAGCAGGAAGGAUGAACCGAGACCGAAAGGUAGGAUCGAGGAGAAGAAGGACAAACGCAAACGUUCGCGAUCGAAGAGCGAGAACGAGGAUCAUAGAAGGAAGAAGAAGGAGAGGAAGACGAAGAGGGACAAGUCGAAAAAGCGCGAAGACGGGAAGGACGAGCCGGAAAGGAAAGAGUCGCAGGAGAAGGAGAUGAAAAGGAAGACGACGCUCGACGAAUCCAGUUUCGAGCCCGAUUAUGACUUGGAGCUGCACACGGACGGCGGCAGUAGCGAUGAAGGCAAGGGCAAGAAAAUUUCGAAGAAGAACGACGAGUCGGACGAAGAAGAGAGCAGCAGUUCGGAUUCAUCGAGCUCGAGUUCGGAAGAAGAGAGGCGAAAGAAAAGGCACAAGAGGCAUAGGAAGAAGCGGAAGCGGGAGUCGAGCAGCAGCAGCUCGGAAUCAAGUUCCGAGUCGAGCGAUUCGGAACGCGAGAAAAAGAGGAAAAAGCACAGGAAGACGAAAAAGAAGAAAAAGAAGUCCAAACAUAAGUAAGUAGCCGCGAUCAACAUUUAUACGCCUAAUUUGUUAAACAUAUUAAGGGGAUGUAAGUUUUUGUUUACAUGUUGUGUGGAGUUUUUUUUUGUACAUAAUUACAAAGUCCCGAUGGGCUAUGCUAAAUAUGAGUUAAUAAACAUGAUAUUUCAUCAAAGUCGCA